AUGGCAAAAGAGCAAAUUGUUCUUUCUGGACCAUAUGGUGGUGGAGGAGGACAGCAGUGGGACGACGGAACUUACAGCACGAUAAGAGAAUUAACUAUACACUCGGAAUUAGAAAUUAUUUCCAUCCAAGUCGUCUAUGAUGAUAUUGAAGGAAAGCCAGUGGAAUUAAGCUAUCCUACUGAGUGCAUCCUUUCAAUAUCAGGGCAUUAUGGGUACAAUGCUAAAAAAUAUCUUAUAGUGAAAUCCCUUACAAUCCAAAGCAAUAUGAAGCAAUAUGGACCAUAUGGCAAAGAAGAAGGAACACGUUUUACAACCCCGGUAGCUGCUGGCAAGGUUGUUGGACUUUUUGGACGUAGUGCUAAUCUUUUGGAUUCGAUUGGAGUAUACCUUGAGCCAUCCCACCAAAUCCAUGCCACAACACCUUUUGGUCCAUUUGGAGGUGCUGGUGGGCAGCACUGGGAUGAUGGAAUCUAUAGUACGGUGAGGGAACUAAUUAUACACUCAACAACGGACAUUAUUUCCAUCCAAGUUGUCUAUGAUGAUAUUGAAGGAAAUUCAAUAUCAGGAAAAAAACAUGGUGGUGACGACGGAACACCAAACUCGGUAAAAUUAGACUAUCCUUCCGAGUAUCUCCUUUCAGUACCAGGGUACCAUGGGUACAGUACUGCCCAUAAAUAUCAUGUAGUGAAAUCCCUUAGAAUCCAAAGCAAUAUGAAGCAAUAUGGGCCAUAUGGUGAGGAAAAAGGAACUUAUUUUAUAACCCCAGUAACUACUGGCAAGAUUGUUGGAUUCUUUGGACGAAAUGGUAGUCUUUUGGAUUCAAUUGGAGUAUACAUUAAGCCAUUCCAAACUUCAACACUUGUUGGUCCAUUUGGAACUACUAGUGGACAACAAUGGGAUGAUGGAACCUACAACACAGUAAGGGAAUUAAUUAUAUACUCCGGAUGGGUAAUUGAUUCCAUCCAAGUUGUCUAUAAUGAUAUUGAUGGAAAGCCAAUAUCUGGAAAAAAACAUGGUGGUAACGGCGGACAACGAAACGAGGUCAAAUUCGACAAACCGGAUGAAUUUUUAAUUUCAGUUUCGGGAUACUUUGGACAAGUAGAUAACAUGGUUGCUAUCCGAUCGCUUGAAUUUCAAAGCAACAAAACAAAGUAUGGACCGUUUGGCAUGGAGAAGGGAGAGAAAUUUGAAGUCUCAUCCACUGGUGGCAAGAUAAUCGGAUUUCAUUGA